ACUCAACUUACCUGUGCUGAUAUUGCCAGUUAUCACGAACGUCUGGUUUGACUCCAAAUCAAUUGCAUCUCUAUACGAUACAUUUUCAAGCCACCUACCCAAAACAGCUCCUCAAAAGCAUAUCCACACCCUUCCCUUUUGUUGCCCUGCCCCGCGGGCACCCAGCAACCACAGAAGAUGGUUUACCUCCCCACGUCAGAGCAAUGGCUGCAUCAGUCAUCAUUGCUGCUGCAAGCUCGGCCUACAACUACACGAGUCACCACAAAAUACUCGAUCAAACCCGCACCCAUCUCGAGCUCUACACACCAAGCAGCGCCCGGCCAGCCAGCAGGUAACAAGGGCAGUCUUGUGCUGAAAACAUACGAUCCCGCAAGCGGCGUGUGCUUAAAAUACCGAACGGACAAGGCUGCCGAAGUCGGACGCCUGAUUGCUUUAUUGUCCCGGCUUGGCAAGGGCAUGUCGGGGCAACACAUUCAAGAAGAAGUUGCUAUUGACGCCGCAAUGACAGACGCCCCUACCGCACUCGACGGCGAGAGCGGUACCGCUACGCCUACUACAACAACAGGGGCAACUACCGCCGGUGCUACUCCGGCGGCGGGGCAAGGACAAGGCCAGUCGCAAAGUGGCGGAAAGAAGAAAAAGAAGGGCAAGAAAUAAAAAGGUUGUUGUGUUUUAUUAUUUUGGGUGCAUUUAUUGCAUUUACGAGGCGUUCUCCAUGUCUUCUUUUUUUCGCGCCCAGAUUUCAGCAGGGCCUAAGCCAAUUUCUUACGAUCUAAGCUUUCUUCUUUUCUUUUAUUUGCUUCUUGUAGAGACAUUAUAGAUGAAUCUGUAUUGUAUGUAACUGUACAUCAUA